AGUCAAUAGUCAUUUGUAAAAUUGUCACAACAAAAUUUAAAAUACACGUGCGGAUUGCGGAACAGCGAAACCUACCUAUUUUGUGUAUUCAAUUUUGAAAGAAAAAACUUGCAGAGUUAUUAUUGUUUGUUAUAAUGGUUGUAGCAGAAGAAAUGAGUAAACCGUUGCUUAAAGUAUCAGUAUCAAACUCAGAUUCGUCUAGUGAAGAAUCUGAAGUUUUCAACGAAUCGGAAGUUUCAGACGAAGGGGAUGACAAAACAGAACCUAAAAGUGAAUCAAGUGAAGAUGAUGAUGAAAAUGAAAGUAAUAAGGAAAGUGAUAAUGAUGAUGAUAAUAACGACGACGACGACGAUGACGUCAUAAUAAGAAAUGCAGGAUGGGCAGAUUCAGUAUCUAAAAUCCUUGGUUCCAGCAAACCUAAAAAUAAAAAGACAUUAGUUCUGUCUCGAGCCAAAAAAUUAGCUGACACAAUAAAGAAAGAAAAUGAAGAGAAACCCACAUUUGAAGUGGUUGGUGACAAAGCUACAGAUUUAAAAACUGAAGUUAAGAAAGAGACAUCUGUGUCUGAACCUCCUGCAAAGAAAAAGAGAGUUGAGAAAUCUAAAAUAAGAAUAAAACCCAAUAUUCUUGAAAAGGAUAGAGAAAGAAUUCUAACAAAAAUUGCAACUAAAGGUGUAGUUCAACUAUUCAAUGCUGUAAGAAAUCAGCAGAAGACCAUUGAAAAAGAGAUUAAAGAUAUACCAGAGGGGAAGAAGGAAAAGGUAUUAAAGAAAUUUGAUAAAAGAGCUUUUUUGGAUACCCUGAUGGGCCAGUCAAAGUCAGUGAUAGUUGAAGAACAAACAAAAACAUUGAAAGAUGAAGUUAAGUCGGAGUCUGAAAAACCUAGAUGGAAUGCAUUAAGAGAUGAUUUCAUGAUGGGCGCAAAAAUGAAAGACUGGGAUAAAGAAUCAGUAGAUGAAUAAAUAUUCAAUAAAUUAUUUAUUAGGAAUGCUUAAA